UACACGCGCGUCCUCCCUGUUCCAUCUACAAAAGCAACGGCGGCACACCAUCCUCUCGUCCGUUCAGAGAUCACUCUCAAAACUUUUUCGCAGGAGCGAGCACGCGCGCGCCGCGCCCGUUGCCGUCCGCACGCGGUUGAGAUCGAGAAAAAAGUGAGGGCGCGGUCGAUGGAGGCGCGCGCGCUCGCGGGCGGCGCCACGCGGCGGCUGUCCGCGCGGGAGGAGGAGCUGCUGGGCCUCCUCGCCGGCUUCCCCGACGGCGGCUCCGAUCGCGAGCUCUCCUUCUCCGACCUCGUCGAGGCCGGCGGUGCCAGGCCCGCGGCAGACGCGGACCGCGCGCCGGCACCGCGGGAGGACGGGGCCGCGGCGCGGUCGUCGUCGCCCGGGCGGCUCGAGGCGGUGGCGGCGGCGUCGUUGACGGCGUCGAAGCAGCAGCGGCAGCAGGCGGCGAGGCAGAGGGCGCGGCGGGGCGGCGGGGGCAGCAGGGGGAGCUGCGGGGGUGGCGGGGACGGCGUGCUGCUCAACUUCUACGUGCCGGGCCUGCUCACCCGGAGCAUGACCGCGCCACGGCCCGGCCGCGGGCCAAUGUCUCCCGGGGCAGGGCAGUGCGCGCCGCCGAAAGCUGCCGCCCCCGCCGCCGGGAAAGCCAGCAGGUCAGUCACUGUCAAAGUCAAACCGACGAUCACACGCGGUUACGGUUUUCACCAGAAUCAUCAAUCGUGCACCCGUACAUACUCGGUCAUAUCAACAUCUCUUUCGUUAUAUAUAAAAAAAGUAUAUCCACAUCUGUAAUUAAGAGGCGGUUAGUUUACUAUUAGUUGACUAGUUGCACACUUCGAAGAUAAGGUGUUAUGGAAGAUGGACAUAUGUUGACACUGCUAGCUAUGGAUUGUCCUUCAAAAAAAAAACAUGUUAAGGAUUGUUUGCAACACAUGGAUUUUUUUUUUCAGUAUUUGCACGUAGAACAGUCUAGCACUCAUAAAAAUCAGGUGGCCCCCAGUUCUGAAUUAUACUACUGCAGCUGAAUGGUACCAAUAUCAUUAUGUUAUUAUUAGUACAAGAUGAGCAUCAAACACCUUUGAUUUCUUUGGUCAUCGGUGCUUGGUCUGUGUCUGAAACACACUUCUUUUUCAACUAAACAUAGGCUGGAAGGUGCAAUCGGUACAUGCAUUUUUCCUAGGACCGGUGCCUUUUGGACCAAAUGGUUCUUCCAUCCUUUUUGACCUACAUUAGCUUUUGGGAGUCAAAAAAUGGAACAACUCAUGACCAUGAAAGCAGAGAAAGAAACAAAGUUGAUAAUCUGACCGAAGUACACAGAACUGAAUGUCAGCUUUUUCCUUGAGAAGCUUCUCUUUGAAACAUACUCCCAUAGUUUUUAAAAAAAUGUUUUUUUCCUUAAAAAGUGCUCAGACUUUCGGAUUACCGCUCUACUGCUUCAGAUGCGUUUGGUGCAUGAUUUACACCAAGCUAACAAACCGGCAUGUGGUAUCCAAUC